AUGGUGUAAGGUCCGGGCUGCACGUUGAACGGAGAGAAGAUCCGCUCCAAAGUCCAGAAAGGACAGAAGUUGAAGGAAACCAGAGGCAGUCUGAUAACAUGCACCAAAAACUACCCUGCCGGAAAUGCCUUCCACGCGCUCGUGGGUUGUCCGUACACCGGAGUGGAGACGCAGGGCAAAGAGCCCUUCGUGUACUUUGGUCUGAGAGCGUUGAGAGUCCAUUUUGGGAUGAAUGGAUCAAUGCGUAUAAACCCUGGCGAGAGGAAGGAUACGACCGGCUGCGCACUGGCGCUGCAAAUACACCUGACCAACGACACCGUGUGCUUCUUUGACAGCGCGGUGGAAAUGAGGUUGCAGGUUGACUGCGAGCAAAGGGUGAGGGCCGUGGAGAGUCUGGAUGUGUGCUCCUCCAAGUUCAGCUCCUCCCGCUCCGCGGAGGCGGUGCGGAGCCAAGGCGGCAGGAUGCUGCGCGACGUUCUCCUCGACCAGGCCGUCACGCCGGGAGUCGUCAACAUCAUUAAAAACAAAGCCCUGUUUGACUCGGGCCUCCAUCCAGCCGUGAAGGUCCGACAGCUGACAGACGAGCAGAUCCGCCACGUGGUGAAGAUGACGCGCGAUUUCACCCUCCUCUUCUACAAGUGUCACAAAUCUGGCUCCCCUCUCCGCAAACAUGACAAAGUCUACAAGCGUCCCCGGUGCGGCGGCGUCGUCACGGUCUGUCGUCUCGGAGCCAACGGCAGGAUGACUUACUUCUGCGGGAGCUGUCAGCCGGGAGAUCCCAGCGGGGUCCGCGUCAGUGAGCUGCCGGUCCGGAACAGUUUGAUCGGCGGGGCCGGCGGCGACGUGGCGAAGAGGGAGGAAGAGGACUGGGCCUGUGAGCUGUGCACGCUCGGGCGAGAGAACCACUUAAAGCCGCCGACGACAACAACGACAACGACCUGCAUGUUGUGGGCGUGGCCAGUGCAUCAGAAUAAGCUGCAGCUGCUGAACAUAACCCCCCCCUCUCUCUUUGGCUCCAUCUCCACAGUCCACAAAGAUGACAGUGACACCGAGGCGUCGGCCGGUUUGAUUAAAUACCCGCGCGUCGCCUUCAGGAAGCCGCGGGACGAGCUCAAAGUCAACUGGAGGUCCGCGCUCGGGACGUCCACCCUGGUUUACUCCGACGUGAGCGAGCAGCCGGAGCCCGCGCGCCCCCCCCCCCCCCCUCCCCCGGCCGGCAGUCAUAUGAAUUCCUUGGCGGCAGAGCGAGGUUUAUAUAAAUGCGGCGUCGGCCAGGGGACGGCGAGCCCCAAUUACGCCUCUGGUGGCUCGCGGAGGAAAAAUGCCGAGCUCCUCUCCAACGGGGAAUCGCCGGCCUCCUCCAGUCACCCAGCCAACAAAAUGAGAAUUGAUCGCGGCCCCUUCCCCGGUAACAAUGCUCAAGAUGGAGCCCCCAACGCCGGUUCCCCCGUCAGUGUGCGCAAAAUAGAGUCGACAAGCCGCGGCGUUUACCCGCCCCACUGUGCCUCCCACCGCCGCCCGGCCGCCCUCAGAACGGUCCACAAGGACGGGGAGAAUAAGGGACGCCGGUUCUACGCCUGCUCGCUGCCAGAGACCACGUGUAACUUCUUCGAGUGGGCCGACUUGCACUUCCCCUCUUGUCACCAUGGGAAACGCAGUUUAUUGAGGACGGUUCUGAAACUGGGAGCCAACAACGGGCGCCAUUUCUACAUCUGCUGCUUUCAAAAGGGAAAACAGUGCGACUUCUUCCAGUGGGCAGAGGGUCCGGGGGGUUCGCCGCUGCCCGGUUGUUAGUGUUUUACUUCGGCAUGGACCUCGGAUGGCUGUAUGGUCAUUUAAAUACAUGCAUAUAGACGUAUGAUACAGAAAGGGACCCUUUAAUUAACCUUGUGAAAUACAUAGAAUUGUAAUAACCUGGUUAUAAAGGGAAAAUGUUAAUUAACUGUAUGACCCUCCGAUUCAACUAUGAGUUUUAUUUAUAUCAUGUUCAUCUGUCAACGAUGCGUUUCAAAGUCAUCACGAGAAUGAUGAAUAAAUAGCCAAAGCAGAAAUAUUUGAAAUGCCCUGUGACAUUUUAUUUUUAAAUUAAAGCAAGUCCAACGAA